GGGGUCGCGGGCGCGCCCGGCAGGAAGCCGAAGGCCCCGAAGGUAAAGUCCACCGAGAAGAACCCCAAGACGACGGUGGCGUCUGGGGGCAAGGGCGCGGUGCCGCCUCUGGCCAACGGCGCGGACUUCAAGAAUUUCAAGUGCAAGAAGAUCAACUGGGGCGCCUUGGUGACCAUCGCGAAGGCAUGCGCAGAGAAGACGACUCGGGCGCGCUUCACCAGCAAGGCCUACGACAUUACCAAGAGGAGGGCUACGCUGGCAGCAGUGCCCAAGGAGACGAUCACCACCGUCGGCAGGCAGGCCUACAAGGACGCCGCCGCGGCCUGGGACGCAGUGAAGUGA